CUCGUACAGUAGGCACCCAUUGACUACUGAUUGUAGAUGGCCACAGCAGCCACGCUACUCCUGAGUUUGAUCAGUACUGUGCGCAGAAUCGCAUUAUCACGCUCUGUAUGCCAGCUCAUACGUCACAUCUACUCCAGCCUCUUGAUGUGGGCUGUUUCUCGCCUCUGAAACGCGCGUACGGGCAGGCGAUUCAGCAGCUUGCCCGCCAACACGUCUAUCAUAUUGAUAAGGUAGACUUCCUAACUACGUACAAGCAGGUUAGGGAUCAAGCUAUCACAGAGAAGAACAUUCAGGCUGGGUUUCUAGCUACUGGGCUUGUGCCAUACAGCCCUGAGCGCGUCUUAUCCUCCCUACCUAUCGUCCGAACGCCUUCACCCUGUCAGCUAGUAGGCAACGCAGAGGGACAGUGGACAGCUGAGACGCCGCAUACAGUAGAUCAGCUCCAGAAGCAGGCUCAGCAUAUCCAGGACCUGCUUCGCCGACAAUCACAGAGCCCUACUAAUCAAGCUAUCUGCCAGCUUGUAAAGGGGUGCCAGCUUGCUAUGCACUCAGCUACUAUCCUUGUAGAGGAGAAUAUAAGGCUUCAGGCAGCUGUACAGCGUAAAGAGCGUAAAAAAAGGCAGCGCCAACAGUAUAUUGCCCGUGGAGGAGCUCUACAGGCUCAGGAAGGCCAGAGGCUAGCUACAGAGGCUGAUAGGGUAGUCCAAGAGGUCGAGCAGGUCAGUCAACUAAGGAGACCUUGCGCGCCACUAACGUGCACCAAGUGCUUCGUCUAAGGUCAUAAAAGAACUCAGUGUACU